AAUCUUUUACAGAAAAAAAAAAAAAUCAACACACAGCAAAACAAACGACGCCGGAGAUGGCCGCCACUUCAACAGCCGUCGCCGCUGCUUCUUCUUCAAUCAUGGGUACACGGGUGGUUUCCGACAUCCACUCCGGUUCAAGCAGGUUCACAGCCCGGUUCGGAUUCGGAACCAAGAAAGCUGCUCCCAAAAAGGCUAAGAAGGUUAUCACUGACCGGCCUCUAUGGUUCCCAGGCGCACAGUCCCCUGAAUAUCUCGACGGUUCGCUUGUCGGAGACUACGGGUUCGACCCUUUCGGUUUAGGUAAACCGGCGGAGUACCUCCAGUUUGAUCUCGACUCCCUGGACCAGAAUCUUGCCAAGAACUUGUACGGAGAGGUGAUCGGGACACGUACCGAGGAGGUGGACCCCAAAUCGACGCCGUUUCAGCCCUACAGUGAAGUCUUCGGGCUCCAGAGAUUCAGAGAAUGUGAGCUGAUUCACGGUCGGUGGGCUAUGCUCGCCACUCUUGGUGCUCUCACCGUGGAAUGGCUCACCGGUGUUACUUGGCAAGACGCCGGCAAGGUUGAGCUAGUGGAUGGGUCGUCUUACUUAGGACAACCAUUGCCCUUCUCCAUCUCGACAUUGAUCUGGAUCGAAGUGUUAGUGGUCGGCUACAUUGAGUUCCAACGAAACGCUGAGCUGGACUCGGAGAAGCGUUUGUACCCAGGAGGCAAGUUCUUUGACCCGUUAGGACUGGCGUCUGACCCAGAGAAGAAGGCUCAGCUUCAGCUAGCUGAGAUCAAACAUGCUCGUUUAGCCAUGGUUGCCUUCUUGGGUUUCGCUGUUCAGGCUGCUGCAACGGGUAAAGGACCGCUCAACAACUGGGCGACUCACCUUAGUGACCCGCUUCACACCACCAUUAUUGAUACCUUCUCUUCCUCUUGAUGUGGUGGCUUUUAGCUCCUAUUGUCAUGUAAUGGUGUAAUGUCGUUAUCUUAAAGAAAAUUUGGCACCUUUUGUAAUGUAUAAACGAGUUCUGAUAUCUCUCACAGUUUGCGUUUGAGUAGAUGGUCAUUGAUGAGUAA